AUGGGCUCCAUCACUGCCAGUAGACCCUUCCCGCCGGGAAUCCAUGUGCCCAGCCUGACGUGGUUUCGAGACACGGCUGCGCAGGAGAUUGACUGGGACGUACAGCGCACGCACUUCCAGUUCCUGGCCACGUCGGGUCUGCACGGCAUCGUGAUUGCUGGCACCAACGGCGAGGCGGUGACGCUGUCGCCGGACGAAAAGACGCAGCUUGUCCAGGAGGCGCGCGCGGCCGCCACGGCGGCCCAGUCGGACCUGGUGAUUACGGUCGGCUGCGGGGGGCAGAGCACGCACCAGGUGCUUGCCGAGACCAAGGUGGCGGCGGCGGCGGGCGCCGACUUUGCGCUGGUGCUGGUGCCGAGCUACUUUCACUUUGCCAUGACCGCGGCGGCGAUUGUGGACUUUUUCGAGGCGCUGGCCUCGGCCGCGCCGCUGCCCGUGCUCAUCUACAACUUCCCCGGCGUCGUGGCCGGGCUCGACGUCGACUCGGACAUGCUCGCCCGCCUCGGCCGGCACCCCAACAUUGUCGGCGUCAAGCUGACGUGCGGCGGCAUUGCCAAGGUGGCGCGCGUGCGCGCAGAGUUUGCGCCCGAGGCGUUCUGCGCGCUCGCGGGCCAGAGCGACUGGCUGCUGCCGGCGCUGGCGGUCGGCAGCACGGGCGCCAUCACGGGCGUGGCCAACCUGUACCCGCGGGUGUGCGUCGCCAUCUACGACGCGUACCAACGGGGCGAUGUAGCGGCCGCGGAGGCAAUGCAGCUCCGGCUGGCGGCGAUGGAGUGGGGGUUCGCCAAGGGCGGCAUCAACGGCACCAAGUGGGUGGUGGCCUCGAUUCGCGGCUACCCGCUGGCCAGCUGCCACUGCCGCCGGCCGUACCCGCCGUUCAGCGACAGCACGAAGCAGGAGUGGAUUCAGGGUGUCGUGGGCCCGCUGGCCGCCGAGGAGGCCAAGCUGGUGGCUGCAGCGAAGAAGUAG